AUGGACAUGAUGCUGUUGGUGCAGGGUGCUUGUUGCUCGAACCAGUGGCUGGCGGCGGUGCUCCUCAGCUUGUGCUGCCUGCUACCCUCCUGCCUCCCGGCUGGACAGAGUGUGGACUUCCCCUGGGCUGCUGUGGACAACAUGAUGGUCAGAAAGGGGGACACGGCGGUGCUUAGGUGUUAUUUGGAAGAUGGAGCUUCAAAGGGUGCCUGGCUGAACCGGUCAAGUAUUAUAUUUGCGGGAGGUGAUAAGUGGUCAGUGGAUCCUCGAGUUUCAAUUUCAACAUUGAAUAAAAGGGACUACAGCCUCCAGAUACAGAAUGUAGAUGUGACAGAUGAUGGCCCAUACACAUGUUCUGUUCAGACUCAACAUACACCGAGAACAAUGCAGGUGCAUCUAAUUGUGCAAGUUCCUCCGAAGAUAUAUGACAUCUCAAGUGAUAUGACCAUCAAUGAAGGAACCAAUGUCACCCUGACUUGUUUGGCCACUGGGAAACCAGAGCCUUCCAUUUCCUGGAGGCACAUCUCCCCAUCAGCAAAACCAUUUGAAAAUGGACAAUAUUUGGACAUUUAUGGAAUUACACGGGACCAGGCUGGAGAAUAUGAAUGCAGUGCAGAAAAUGAUGUGUCAUUUCCAGAUGUGAGAAAAGUGAAAAUUGUCGUAAACUUUGCUCCUACGAUUCAGGAAAUUAAAUCUGGCACUGUGGCCCCGGGACGCAGCGGAUUGAUAAGAUGCGAAGGUUCAGGUGUGCCGCCUCCGGCCUUUGAAUGGUACAAAGGAGAGAAGAAGCUCUUCAGUGGCCAACAAGGAAUUAUUAUUCAGAAUUUUAGCACAAGAUCCAUUCUCACUGUUACCAAUGUGACACAGGAGCACUUCGGCAACUAUACUUGUGUGGCUGUCAACAAGCUAGGCACAACCAAUGCGAGCCUGCCUCUCAACCCUCCAAGUACAGCCCAGUAUGGAAUUACCGGGAGCGCUGACGUUCUUUUCUCCUGCUGGUACCUUGUGUUGACACUGUCCUCUUUCACCAGCAUAUUCUACCUGAAGAAUGCCAUUCUACAAUAAAUUUAAAGACCCAUAAAAGGCUUUUAAGGAUUCUCUGAAAGUGCUGAUGGCUGGAUCCAAUCUGGUACAGUUUGUUAAAAGCAGCGUGGGAUAUAA